GUUUAAUAAAAACGGUUAUCGAACCGGCAUAUCGUAUCUCUCUAGUGAGUGAGAGAGGGUUUACAGGAGGAGAAGGGAGAAAUGAAUGCAACGAGCAUCGCUUCGAGGUCUACCUCCAUCAUAAGAGCCGCCACCAGAAGAAGUUUGAUCUCACCUAGACCUAGAAUCUCCUCCCCAAACCCUAAUUCCUCACCGUGGCCUCUUCGUCAGACUCGAAUCGAAGGUUCUUCUGCUCCCAGGUGUAUGCUGCGGCGAGAACUAAGCACGCAUCAACCAUUUCAUAGCGUCGUCGCUGCAGCUUGCCUCGUUUCAAAGCUCCCCUCUGAUCUCACCUCUUAUGAAGGUAGAUUUGCUAACUAUGUCAGUCCCAUCUAAGAGGCAGCACCUCAAGUAAGCUUGAUGGAUGGAUGGCUUUUUGCUCUAUGAUUGUUUUUUUUCCUCAAGAAAUUUUCAGGUUCUUUAAGUUAAAAUUUACCAACCGCAUUUGCAAUCUUUCAGUUUAGAUGGAACCCUGAUACAUGUUGUAUUGGUAGAUGUUAUCACUUCCUUUUCUUUGGGCUCUUAUCUUAUUAAUCAACUGGUUUUUGUCAGAAUGUAAGAUCGUUUCUCCUCGAUACAACUAUAUUUUGUUACAUUACUUAGCCUUGGUUUUUGAGACUCAAAUAAAAGAUGUAUUAAGCCCUCA